AUGGCGAGACUCUGUCUCACCAUCUUCCUAAUCACAAUCUCCCUCUCGACCCUCCCCAAUUCUCGAUCCCAGCCAUCCCCAGCUUCCCAACCCGCGGUCACCUGGGCGACCCGGCUCGACUCCUCUGGCUCCGACACCGUCACCAACCUCCAGUUCUACUUCCACGACAUCGUCAGCGGGAGCAACCCGACCGCCGUCCAGGUCGCUUCGGCGGCCGGCUCCGGAUCCGGGUUCGGGUCCAUCACGAUGGCCGACGACGCGCUGACCGAGACGGCCGACCCGAACUCCAAGCUGAUCGGGCGGGCCCAGGGGAUAUACGCCCAGGCUUCCCAGACCGGGCUCGCCCUCCUGAUGGCCCUCAGCUACUCCUUCACCGAUGGGCCCUACAGCGGGAGCUCGCUCAGCAUAAUGGGCCGGAACGCGGUCAUGACCCAGGGCCGGGAGCUGCCCGUUUUGGGCGGGACCGGUUUGUUCAGGAUGGCGCGUGGGUACGCGGUCCUCCAAACGACCUCCGGCAACGCGCAGGGGGACGCCGUGGUGUUUUAUAACGUCACGGUUUUUGCUCCGGCCGGGAAUGACAGGAAUGAGGUGCUGCCUUUUACUCCGGUGGGCGGGAGCGGCGGUGGGAGGAGCGGGACCGGAGGUACUAGGUCGACGAACACGGUGAAUUCGUCGCCGGCGGGGAGAGUGGAGGGGAGUCGCUGGAUUGGUGGGGCCAUGAUUGUUGCUGUUGCGUGUUUAUUUUCUGUGUAA